GAACAACCCAGCCAGCCGGCGGCAGCGCCUCCCCUCCGCAGCCCGCCGGCUCUGUCGGCAGGAGGACUACAUUUCCCAGGAUGCUGCGCGGGGGGGGGAUGUGGGAAGAGAGCCUCAGCCUCCCCCGGAUUGCGGCUGCAUCCCGCAUCGCCCGCUCUGGGCCCGGGACGGUGCCCGCCGCCCGCCCCACCUGCCAGCUCCUCCGCUGCCUUUGUCCUCGCUCGGCUGGCCCCGGCAGGCAGGGAGGGAUGGCCGCCUCGGGGGCGCCCGCUGCUGCUGCUGCUGCUGCCCAGGUGAUGUUUGAGGACGUGGCGGUCUAUUUCUCGCCAGCUGAGUGGGCAGAGCUAGCGGAAUGGCAGAGGGACCUGUACCGGGCCGUGAUGGUGGAGAACUACGAGGUGAUCGCCUCGCUGGGCCGUCUGCCCACCAAGCCAGAAGUCAUCUGCAAGAUAGAGCGCGAGGAGGAGCCCUGCAUGGAUGAGCCCCCAGAGCCCCCCCAGAAGAAGAGGCCUCUGAGCCCCUGGCUGGGAGAUGGAAUCAGGAUGGAGGAGGAGGAGGGAGAAGGCGAGAGGGCAGGCCCAGCCCGGCGCGAGCGGAGGAGCAAGGUCUGCCCUGCCAGGGCGGAGAAGCCGGUGACCCGGCCGAAGAUGGCCCCGCCCCAGCCUGAGGAAGGGGCUCUGCCGCGGGUGACCCUGAAGAUGAACCCGCCCAAGUGCCCCGAGUGUGGCAAGAGCUUCCUGAGCAACGUGGCCAUGACCAUCCACAUCCGGACCCACACGGGGGAGCGCCCCUUCGCGUGCCACCUGUGCCCCAAGGCCUUCCCCUCCCGAGGGGACCUGACGCGGCACCUCAAGACGCACCUGCGCCAGAAGGAGGCCCCCGGCAGCAGCCCCCUCCCCAAGAGCCGGAAGUGCCUCACGGCCAAGCUGCAGCUGCUGCGCCAGCUGGGGGCGGCCCCAGGCCCCAAGAAGCCGCACACUUGCCCGCAGUGCGGGAAGAGCUUCAGCCAGAAGCAGGACCUGCGCAAGCACCAAGGGACCCACUCGACCGAGAGGCCCUUCUCCUGCCUGGAGUGCGGGCGCAGCUUCCGGCUCAAGCAGAUCCUGGUGGCCCACAUGAAGGUGCACGUCGGGGAGAGGCCGCACGCCUGCCCGCGGUGUGGCAAGCGCUUCUCCCAGGAGUGCCACGUGGAGAGCCACCAGCGGGUGCACACCGGCGAGAAGCCCUUCUCCUGCGGGGCUUGUGGGAAGAGCUUUGGCUACAAGCAGCAUCUGGUGCGGCACCUGCGGGUGCACACGGGGGAGCGGCCCUUUGGCUGCGAGGAGUGUGGCAAGGCCUUCCGGGACAAGACGACGCUGGCCGUCCACCACCGCAUGCACUCCGGGGAGCGGCCCUACCGCUGCCCCUUCUGCGGCAAGGCCUGCCGGCAGAAGCCCCACCUGAACAGCCACCUGCGCGUCCACCGCGGAGAGCAGCUCCUCCCCGGGGGCAGCACGGGGCUCGCCUUCCAGAGGGCCCGGGCCAAGGAGAAGCCCCACCAAUGCCCCGAGUGCGAGAAGCGGUUCCGGGACCAGAAGAUCAUGCUGGUGCACCAGAAGACUCACAGAGAGGAGCGGCUGCUGGAAGCCGGAGCAGGUCUGGGCCACGGGGGAGCAAAACCCAGCCCCCGAGGAGGAGGAGGAGGAGGAGGAGGAGGAGGCCCACGCCAGAAGCAGCCCGUCUCGCUCCAGCCAGCUGCCCCCACUGCAAAGAGGUCCGCGGCUUGCUCCGACUGCGGCAAGACGUCCACGCAGAGGAUGUCUCUCACGAUGCAUCAGAGGAGCCAUAGAUGCGGGGGGGCUCUCUUCCCCCGUGUCUCAGGAGAAGGAGCCCUGGGGUGAAGAGGGAGCCUGGCAGGCCACCUGCAUGACUGCUGCAGCUUCCGAUGGUCCUCCACAGUGGGAGCUUGGCUGUCUCUGCACGAGCCGAGGGUGGCUACAUGCCCGAAGCCGCUUUUGACUGAGUCAGACGGCUCGUCCGCCUAGGUCAUAUUGUCUGCACUGACUGGCAGUGGUUUGCCAAAGUUUGAAAAGGGGGACUUUCCCAGCCCCGUCUGGAGAUGCUGGGGGCGGAGCCCGGGACUGUCUGUACGCCGAGGGUGGAGCUACGGCCUCUUCCUUCCUGUGCUGGAAGAAGUGGGAUGAAGCGCUCCUUAUUAUCAGUCCAUCAGCUGGGGCCUCCCUGCAGGACCUGUGAAGCCAGCCACCUCAGGGCUGCCUGACCUCCCGCCUUGUCAACUGGGGCAGGGGAUCGCCACUCACUGGCUGUCCAGGACUCCCAAGGAAGAGCUGGGGCCGGCCAUCUCACUGUCAUGCGCUCUCACCAGGAGGACCCCGAUCCGGGCCGCUCCGAGCCACCAGCAGGCUUCUCUCUGGCUUGUUGCCAGUCUUGACUCUCUCGUCCAGGGCCGGGGUUCCCAACCUUGGACUACAACUCCCAUCACCGGCUCCCUUUGGCUGGGGAUGAUGGGAGCUGUAGUCCAUCAACAUCUGGGAGCCCCUGCUCCAGGUCAUCCCAGCAGCACCUGCUGCUCUCCUAGCCUGUGGGGCGGGGGGAGGGGGCUGGCAGCCAGGCCUCUUCGGUCUCUUCUUCUCACCUACCUCAGAGCUUCAUGGGGGGGGGGCAGAGUGGAAGAGAACUUCAUUGAGGAUGGAGGAGGGCAGCUGGGUAGGGCGAGGGGGAUGCAGAACCGUUCCAAGCAAAACCAAAUAUAAACACGCCUGGGUAGGUGGUCGAAAGGGAAAGGGAAAGUGUGCCGUCGAGUCGGUGUCAGCUCCUGGUGCCCACAGAGCCCCGUGGUUUUCUUUUGGUAGGAUACAGGAGGGGUUGACCAUGGCCUCCUCCCAUGGUGAUGCCUUUCAGCAUCUUCCGAUGUUGCUGCUGCCCGAUAGAAGUGUCUGGGAAACAUACCAGUGGGGAUUCGAACCGGCAACCUUCUGCUUGUUAGUCAAACAUUUCCCCGCUGCGCCACUUCAGGUGGUAGGUGGUUUAAGGUUGUGUUCGAGCUGUGGGGGUGGGUGGGUUCAAGUCCCACUCCAGGAGGCACCUGCUGCUCUGUCUGCAUCCCCGGUGCGUGGCCACAGCCUGCACACACUGUCCCUGAAAAUUGAUUUUGAAGCAGUACAGUCAAUCUGUUGGUUUUUACUGAUUUUUUUAAUUUAAAAAAUCCCCCCCCAAAGUCCUAUAAGUGGCUUGUUUCACGUCUCCUCUCUCCCUUGGGGCUGGCCGUGCAGUUUUCUAUCCUCUGCCUUGGGCACCGUAAUUAAUCUGCGGGAUUCUCUGCCCUGGGAUGUGGUGACGGCCACCAGCUUGGAUGGCUUUCAGAAGGGUGUAGACAGAUGCAUGGAGGGCAGGUCUGUCAGUGGCCGCUGGUCUGGUGGCUCUAGGCCCCCUCCAGCCUCAGAGGCAGGGUGUUGCUCAAUCUCUGCUUUUACGUCCUUAUAAGGCGUGCUUGCAACACCCCUGCCCUCACUGGGCCCCCAAUUAUCUUUCUUUAGAAUAUUUAGAGACUGCUUUUCACUCAAAAGCAUCCUCAGAGUAGUUGGCACAGCAAAAGGGGUGCAAAGAUUAUUCCCUGUCCCCCAAAAGCUCAGCAUUCGGGGAGAUCCCAGCAACAACCGCCCCUGGGAGGGAAGCUACGCUGGGCUGAGGACAGGGACGGCUGCUCCCCGCUUGCAGAAGCCAAGAGAGGCACCACUUGGAAAGGCCAGCAAGCAGCGACUCAACUGCGUGCUCCAAGAGGGCCUUUCAUAGGAACAGAGGCAGCUGCCAUAGACUGAGUCAGGCCCUUGGUCCACCUAGCUCAGUCUUGUCUUCACAGACUGGCAGCGGCUUCUCCCAGGUUGCAGGCAGGAGUCUCUCUCCCAGCCCUAUCUCGUUGGAGAUGCUGCCAGGGAGGGAACUGGGAACCUUCAGCUCUUCCCAGAGUGGCUGUGUCUGUGUGCCCUGCUGGGGAAGUCAGAGGCGGCUGGGGGGUGGAGUUGGCUGCUCUUGGGGUUUAGUGGAGGGGGGAUAGCAGGGAUGGAGCUGGUCCUUCUCAGCUGCUCUGGCUGUCGGGGUGGUUCUUGUGGAGUGCGCCUUCUGCCCUCCUGAAUUGGCAAUGGCGCCACGGCUCUUUGGGCAACAGCCGUGCCCGCCAAAGUGACUGCCUCUGCAAGAUGCAGCAGCAACAGUGACUGGCACAGCAGAGGACCCUGCAUAGUGUGCAGCCGGGGGCACUGCUCAGUACGGACCUGGUGGCCACUCUCCAAGAGGGCACUGUGACUACCCCCAAGGGAAAAGAGGGUCCCUUCUAGUUCUAGUUCUGAAAUUUGGCACAGGUGUAGGUCAGGUUAUCGGGACUCUGUGUAUUGAUUUUGAAGCAGAUCAGUCAAUCUGUUGGUUUUAAAUGAUUUUUUGAAUUUAAAAAAUUCCCCCCAAAAGUCCUAUAAGUGGCUUGUUUCAUGGUAGAAGAUUACAAAAACUUGUGGUACUGAAGCCUCCCCGCCCCCCUCAGACCACCAUUUUACCCCCACGUAAAGGAAUUUGCCCUUUGUCUUCACGAAGAAGUGCAACAUGCCCACUUUUGCCCAACACUUUACAUUUGCAGAGUGGCUGGGCUUUAGAGUUCUGAAAUUGGGCACAUAUGCAGUCCAAGAUGGCAGGACUCCGUGUAUUUUCAUUUCAAUGAAAUUGGUCAGUCCUGUGGUAUAGAGUGCUUCACAUCUAAUGAAAGCAGAACUGUUUCAACUGAAUAAAUGAAACACCUUUAGAAAAAUAAAAAAUAAAUGCACUAUGUUUGUUUAUUAAUUAAAAUUUUUUAAUA